CCCCGGUCCGCCCCGAGCCCCCCGGGGCACCCUCGGCUCGACCCUCCCUGAGCGCUGCGGCGGCUGGUGACGGGCAGCGGGAACCCCUCGCCCCUGGCCCGAGCUGGCACUGCCCGUCCCGCUGCCCUGCAAAGUCGCCGGGACGGUCGCGCAGCGCCCCGGGCAAGGCAGGGACUCUGCGGCACCUGCCUGCAGUGCAGCCUUGUGCGGCCGCGGGCAGCGGCGACAGGCAGCAGCCAGCGCGGCCCCGUGCUCCCACGCCACGGCGCAGGGGGGGAGUUUCUCCUCCUUUGUCUGCUCCCGGCCAGGCAGCAGCCGGUGCGCGGCAGCGGCGGAGCAGCCGGGGAAGGGCCUCGGCAGGAUCCGCGGAGCACGGCGGCCGCGGUCCCCUCCGCCCCGGCACAGCCACCGGCCCGGCCCCGCCGCGCUGGCAACGAGCAGCGACCCCGGAGGAACCGAGCUCUUCAUGACGGAAACCCGACCAGGGAGCGGGGACGGCAGCCGCGCCCGGGGACGGGGAGGACGGCAGCACUGGGGACAAGGACACUCGCGCCCCGUGCCCUCCCCCGGCGCCCGCGGUCGGCCAUGGGGAACGGCAUGAGCCAGAUCCUUCCUGGCCUCUACCUUGGGAACUUUGUCGAUGCCAAAGACCUGGAGCAGCUAAGCCGGAACAAGAUCACCCACAUCGUUUCGAUCCAUGAAUCCCCCCAGCCCUUGCUGAAGGAUAUUACCUACCUCCGCAUCCCCCUGCCUGACACCCCUGAGGCCAACAUCAAGAGGCACUUCAAGGAAUGCAUCAGUUUUAUCCACCAGUGUCGCCUGCAUGGAGGGAACUGCCUCGUCCACUGCCUCGCUGGCAUCUCCCGCAGUACCACCGUGGUCGUUGCGUACGUCAUGGUUGUCACGGAGCUGAGCUGCCAGGAGGUGCUGGAUGCCAUCAGAACCAUCCGGCCCGUCGCCAACCCCAACCCUGGCUUCAGGCAGCAGCUGUCUGAGUUCGGUGGCAGUGCAGCCCGCAAGGUCCGCAGGCACCUGAAGCAGAGGUAUGGGACAUCCCCUUUCAAUGAUGAGGAAGAAAUAAAGGCCUUGCUGCCAGCAGGGAGAGAAGGAACAUCCAGGACAGAGGGAGCUCAGCAAGGACUGGUCCCAAGAGCCAGAGACAUCAGAGGCACAAGUCCCUUCCUGCUGCGGGUGAAGAGGACGUUCUCCUGCAUCCCAGCCUGUCUGAAAGCAGUUUUCCCACCAGCAGCACAAGCUCCCAGCGCCCAGGUGGCUGCGGAGCAGGGACACACCAGUGUGUCAGCAGGCAACAGCAGGGAAUGGGCGCCCACCCCUUCCCUCCACCUGUGGCACAGGCCAGGCUGGAGGCUGAUCACCCAGGACUCUGCAGGAGCCAAUGAGCAACAGAAAGAGCCUAAAAUCUCCAUUGGUGUACAUGGGUCCACUGACUGCGAGGACAUGAAACCCCGAGGAUGCCUUUGUUGGGGGUCCCUCCCGGAGUCCCACCGCUGUACUGCUCAAUUACUGCACCACUUGUUCCUGAACUCGGAUGUCAGACACCGCUGCGGGAAACCUGAGGCAAAGGAAAAAUUUAAGAACCGUCCCCUCUGUCGUGGAGCAGCCAGAGCCGGCAGCGUGGGCCGGGAAAAGGAAAGUGAAAGCCGGAGCCACUUUCGGUUUCGCCGCCGGGCCGCGAUGGCGGAGCCGGGGGCGCCCAUGCGGCUGAAGGAGUGGCUGAUCGCGCAGAUCGACAGCGGCCGGUACCCGGGGCUGCGCUGGGAGAACCGGCACCGGACGCUCUUCCGCAUCCCCUGGAAGCACGCGGCCAAGCAGGAUUACCGGCAGCAGCAGGACGCUGCACUCUUCAAGGCUUGGGCCAUCUACAAAGGGAAGUACCAGGAAGGGACGGACAAGGCUGAUCCCUCCACCUGGAAGACUCGUCUCCGCUGUGCCCUCAACAAGAGCACCGACUUCCAGGAGGUGCCUGAGCGGAGCCAGCUGGAUAUCUCUGAGCCUUACAAGGUGUACCAGAUCGUGACUGACAGAGCCUGUGAUGCAGAGGACAGUGACACACAGUGCCCAGGCAGUGAGGACCAGCAGGGCAGCACUGCAGGGAGUCCAAAGAAGGAGGAAAGCCAGAAAGACCCAUUGGAGACAGACCACGGAUCUCCACAGCCCCUGCUCUCUGCCCGCCCAACUGAGAGAGGCCAGGAGAGCACCUGGGAGUCCUCGAGGACAACUGCCCACAUCCCUUUACCACCUCAUCUCUGCCCUGGUCCAGGGUACCUCGUGAGGGGAGUCUUCUACGGCUGGAACCCAACCCAUGGCCAGUUCCUCCCCAGAUCCCAGUCCUACCUCCCCGUGGAAGAUGUCAGCAACUCAGAUUGCUGGCUCCACAUCCGCCUCUACUACUGCGACGUGCUGGUGAAGGAGGUGACCACCCGCACGGCCGAGGGCUGUCGCAUCACCAGCCGGGCCGUGCCGGCCGACAGCGAGCGCCUCUACGGCCCCUCCUGCAUGGAGCAGAUCGAGUUCCCCCCACCGCAGGCACUCAGCGGCCACGGCCACGCGGCCGCCAUGGCCAACGUGCUGGAGCGGCUCCUGCCCCACCUGGAGCGCGGGGUGCUGCUGUGGGUAGCACCCGAGGGGGUCUUCAUGAAGCGCCAGUGCCAGGGCAGGGUGUACUGGAAUGGGCCGCUGGCCCCACACAGGAACUGGCCCAACAAGCUGGAGAGGGAGAAGACCUACAAGCUGCUGGACACACAGCAGUACCUGCAGCAGCUGCGGGAGUACCUGAGCAACGGGCAGCUCAUGCCACAGUACCAGAUCCACCUGUGCUUCGGGGAGGAAUACCCCACCAGAGCUGGGCACCCCCUCCAGAAGCUCAUCAUGGCCCACGUGGAGCCGGUGUUCGCACGGGAGCUCUUCCAUCACGCCCAGCGCUUGAGACCAACGCUGCUCCACAACUCCCCCCAGCCCUGUGCCCCUGGCACCUCCAGCCAUGUUAUUCAUGUUCUCAAACAGCUCUGCCAGCCCUGAGCUGGGCAGGAGAGGAGAGCUCAGUCACCAUAAAGUCUCAGAGCAGGAGGCUCUGAGCCCCACGGCCUUACUCCAGCUGCGUGUCCUGAGGCAGAGUGCACGGGGUGCUCAGCGUGAGGAACCAGAUGCAGGCAGGUUCUGGUCAGGGUGGGCGGGCACUGCUGCCCUCGUGAGUGCUGUAUUUAUUGCCCAGGAGGUCCCCAGGUGGGAUUUGCUGUGUGCCUGUUCAGCCAGUUGGGGCAAAGCCGGCUCCAUCCUUGCACCACCGGGACUUGCCAUUUGUGAAACUCAGAAAUAAAGGUUGUGUUUUGGUACCAGUGUCAGGGGCUGGCUCUGGUGUGGGGGACUGGUGCCAGUAUGAGGGGAGCACAGGUGGCUGGGGA